AUGAUGCACAACAUUGCCGCUGUCUUUCUUCUCAUGGCGUCGAUGGUCGACGCCAAGGGCCUCGACACCGUCCUCUCCAAGGCCACGUUCCAGAAGCUCUUUCCGAACGCGCUGCCGAUCUACCAGUACGAAAACAUGAUUGCCAUGUCCCAAAAGUACCCGGCCUUUGCCAACACGGGCAACAACGACGUCGAUAAGCGCGAGGUCGCGGCGUUCCUCGGCCAGAUCUCGCUCGAGUCGGGCGACCUCCAGUACGUCGAAGAGAUCAACAAGAACGAGUACUGCCAAGCCAGCGACAAGUAUCCGUGCGCGCCCGGGAAGCAGUACUUUGGUCACUUUUCGGGCUCCACGCAGUGUCUCGAUGGCGACAAGUGCCACAAGUACGACGCGUGGUACUCGCAGUGCAUUCCGGCCAAGCCGCACACCAGCUAA